GACCCCUGCGACUCGCCGCUCUUCGCGAGCUGCGACAAAAAUCACGCGUUCUGGAAGUCGCCGGUCACGAAGGCCUUCGUGGCGUUGCUCGACAACUACGAGCGCGAGACGGGCAAGGCCGAGGUCUUCACGCGGACCGAGAAGCGGGAGAUGGACGAGUUCCUAGACCUCCUGGUCGCGACGCCCCACAUGCGCUUCGUCUUGGAGUACCUGCAGCGCCACGGCAGGGACGCGCGCGCGAAGAAGCUGCGGAGCGCCCUCGACCUGAAACACCUCCUCUUCGACCUCUGGUUCGCGCCCUACCGGCGCUUCAAGCCCAACGACAGCUCGGGCUUCGAACACGUCUUCGUCGGCGAGGAGAGCCGGGGCGCCAUCACGGGCCUCCACAACUGGGUCCAGUUCUAUCUGGAGGAGAAAAAGGGCAACGUCAACUACCUGGGCUGG